AUGACUGGCUCAAAGACACCUGGUCAGAACAACGCCGCGAGCGACAAAUUCCAGAAGAAGCAAGCUCAGGCCCAGGGCCUCGGUGCUCCCAACGCCCCUGGUCACACGGAGGGCCAUGCACCUGGCGAGGCACCCAUCGCCUCGGACUCAGGAGCCACCAACGUAGGCAUCGACAGUGGCAGCACCAACGUGCCCGGCGAGAAGGGCGUCUUUGGAAAGCCCGUCCGGGAGGAGAUGGACAGCGGCGGAAACUCGAUGAAAUGA